GAUCUGUCACACACAUGCCACUUAUCUAGUGAACGCCUGCUGGACUGCUGCCACAAUCAAACGUUGGGAUGAGCCCCUUUGUACUGCUAUUGUUGCACACACUGGGCACAUCAGUAGUGCUGGCGAACCCUGAAUCAGAACCUUCAGACCAACCGAGGCUCUCAGGGGAUCCAAAGCCCUCUGAGGAACCCACUGGCCAAAAAAGUGAGCCCUGCGCAAAGGGAUGUACCUGUCUUCAAGAUGACUACAGCCUGGAGCUCAAUGUCUACUGCAGCACACGGAACUUCACCCAAGUUCCCUAUGAUAUACCUUUGUCUACACGCUCCCUGUGGCUGGAUGGAAAUCUGUUCAGCAACUUGCCAGCGGCUGCUUUUGAAAAGCUGACCAAUCUGGAGUUCCUGAACCUACAAAGCAGCCUGCUGGUCUCCCUUGAUGCCCAUGCCUUCAGAGGUCUGAAUUCCCUUGCCCACUUGCACCUUGAGAGGAAUAAUAUCCGUUCGUUAUCUGGCUUGGUCUUUCAGGGCACAUCAAACCUUGCGACACUUAGUCUCAACAAUAACCAAAUGUUUCGAAUAGAUGACAGGUUGUUUGCUGGAAUGAGCCACAUGUGGUUGUUGAACUUGGGGUGGAAUUUGCUUUCUGUUCUGCCGGAGACAGGCUUUCAGGACCUACAUGGAUUACGAGAGUUAAUUCUUGCCGGGAAUCGUCUGGCGUACCUCCAACCACAGCUAUUUCAAGGUCUGAAUGAGCUCAAAGAACUGGACCUAACUGGGAACUAUCUUAAAGUCAUCAAGGCAAAUGUGUUUCUGAAACUACCCAAGCUGCAGAAGCUUUAUCUGGGGCAAAACCAGAUUGUGACUGUGGCACCUAGAGCAUUUGUGGGUAUGAAAUCAUUAAGGUGGUUGGACCUCAGUAGAAAUCGCCUAACUGUACUUCAUGAUGAAACUUUCAUCGGCCUACAAAGCCUACACGUUCUUCGCCUGUCAAACAACUCAAUUAACAGCCUAAGACCUGGGACCUUCCGUGACUUGCAGUAUCUAGAGGAGCUCUGCCUUUGCCACAACCAAAUUCGAGCCUUGGGGGUGAGAGUUUUUGAAGGGCUGGGUCAUCUAGAGGUGCUUAACUUGGAGAACAACCGGCUACAAGAGGCACGCAUGGGCACGUUUAUGGGCCUUAAUCAUCUUGCAGUGAUAAAACUUACUGGCAGCUGUUUCCACAGUCUGCCAGAUCAGGUUUUCAAGGGCCUGUCAAAGCUCCACAGUAUUCACCUUGAUAGAAGCUGUCUAACAAAAGUCUCAGCCCAGAGUUUCAGUGGUCUAACAGGUCUUCGUCGCCUUUUCCUACAACACAACAACAUCUCUUUGGUGGAGCGUCAGAGUUUUGUGGAGCUACAAAGGCUGCAACAGCUUGAUCUGAGGUUCAACCAGUUAACAUCCAUCACUUCUAACACCUUUUAUGGCUUGAAGAACCUUGAUUACUUGCUGUUGUCUGGCAAUUUACUGCACAAUCUUCCUGCUGAGGCCUUAUUACCCCUGCAACACCUGUCCUGGCUGGAUCUCUCUGGAAACAAGUUGGAGCUCAUACUUAAUGCAACCAUAUACAUGCUGCCACGUUUGCGUUACUUAAACCUGAAAGACAAUAUACUGGUCAACCUCCCACGUUCUAUACCUGAGACCUUGGAUCAGCUCUGGCUUUCUGGUAAUAACUGGAAAUGUGACUGUAGUGCAAAACCAUUUCGGGAUUUCAUUCUACAGAAGCCACAGGUGGUUCCACUGCAGGUUGAAAUGCUUGGGGAAGGUGAGGAGCCUCAUACGCUUAUCACGGUAUACAAUAAUGUCACAUGCACUAGCCCACCUAGUGCUUCUGGACAUGAUCUGCGGAAUAUUGCAGGUGAACAUUUUAGGAACUGUUAAAUCUACAAACAAUAAGCCUACUAACUACACCACUGAUUACUAUUGUAAAUAUGUUCUUUAAAAAAACAUGCAUGAUAAGUUGUUGUUCCAAGUCACAUAAAAAUAACAGUGCUGUUUGAUAGAUUGUUUUGAUAUGCUGAGGCAAAUUAGAAUAAAUGCUACUGAACAAAUGUUAGGCUGUAAAAUGUGACAUGUAAAAUAUAUAUUUGUAAAAUGACUUUUUUAUGUAACUAAAAAUAAUUAAGUGGUUACACUAAGUCACAAAAUGUAAAACAUCAAACAUCUGAGAAAUGUACUUAAAGUAUUAUCCGUAAAAUACUUUUUUGAGAA